AAACAUCAAUCAUAGGAAGAAGAAGAGUUCUUCUUCUUCUCCCUAUCAAAAUAAAUAUAUUUAGGAAAUUUGUAUACAUAAUAGUUAUAAUAUAAUAAAAAAAAUUCUUUCAUAUUGAAGGGUUAGUAUACUCGGCACAUAAGGGGGAGGAAGAAAGUAAAAAAAAAAAAAAGGAAUGGGGAGGAGGUUGAUGAUUUGUAUGAUGCUUGGCCUCUUGGCUACAGAGGCAAUCGUGAGUGUACAAGGUGAAGAUCCAUACCUAUUCUUCACGUGGAACGUCACAUACGGGACUCGUUCUCCACUAGGUCUUCCUCAACAAGUUAUUUUAAUCAACGACCAAUUCCCAGGCCCCAAAAUCAACUCCACCUCUAACAACAAUAUAGUGGUCAACGUGUUCAAUAACCUGGAUGAGCCAUUCCUCAUUACGUGGAGCGGGGUUCAACAGCGGAAGAACUCGUGGGAAGAUGGUGUCCUCGGCACCAAUUGCCCCAUCGCUCCCGGGACCAACUUCACCUAUCACUUCCAGGUCAAGGACCAGAUCGGCAGCUUCCUUUACUAUCCAUCGACUGCGGUUCACAGGGCAGUUGGUGGCUUCGGUGGCAUUGGAAUUAACAGUCGCCUUCUAAUCCCGGUCCCUUACCCAGAUCCAGAGGACGACUACACUGUCAUCAUCAACGAUUGGUACCCUAAGAGCCACGCUACCCUAAAAAACUUCCUUGACAGCGGGCGCUCACUGGGGAAGCCCGAAGGAGUCCUGAUCAACGGCCAAAAUGCCAAAGGCGAUGGCCAUGACGAGCCGCUCUUCACCAUGAUGCCAGGGAAAACAUACAAGUACCGUAUCUGCAACGUUGGGAUGAAGACCACCCUCAACUUUAGGAUCCAAGGCCACUCCAUGAAAUUGGUCGAGAUGGAAGGCUCCCACGUGCUUCAGAAUUACUACCAGUCCUUGGACGUACAUCUGGGGCAGUGCAUGGCCGUGCUCGUGAAGGCGGACCAGUCAGUGAAGGACUAUUACAUGGUGGCCUCCACCAGGUUCACCAAGGGCUACCUCCGAUUGGGAAAGGGAAUCAUCCGCUACCAAGGUAGCAAUGGUGUUGUUCCAUCCGCCCAAAUCCCGGACGCCCCAGUAGGAUGGGCGUGGUCUCUCAACCAAUUCCGUUCCUUUAGGUGGAAUCUCACAGCCAGUGCUGCUAGGCCCAACCCUCAGGGGUCUUAUCACUACGGCCAGAUUGAGAUCACACGAACCAUCAAGCUUGUCAACUCGGCCGUUAGGGUAGGCGGAAAGCUACGCUACGCCAUCAACGGGGUGUCCCACGUGGACGGGUCCACUCCUUUGAAGCUAGCUGAGUACUUUGGGAUAGCGGAUAAGGUGUUUAAGUAUGACACAAUUCAGGACAUGCCAGCUGCUGGAGUUGAUGCCCAUAUUGUGAUGCAGCCCAAUGUGCUCAACAUGACCUUCAGGAACUUCGUGGAGAUUGUAUUUGAGAAUCACGAGAAGAGCAUUCAAUCGUGGCACUUGGACGGCUACGCCUUCUUCAUAGUUGGUUCUGAACCUGGGACUUGGACACCAGAGAAGAGGAAGAACUACAACUUGCUGGACGCGGUAAGCAGGACGACGUUGCAGGUGUACCCAAAAUCAUGGACGACGAUAAUGCUAACAUUUGACAAUGCUGGAAUGUGGAACAUUCGUUCGGAGAUGUGGGAAAGGACAUACCUCGGACAACAAAUGUAUGUCAGCGUCCUCUCUCCGGAACGAUCACUUAGGGACGAGUACAAUAUGCCCGAUUCUGCCUUGCUCUGCGGUCUCGUCAAAGGCUUGCCCAAGCCUGCUCCUUACACUGGUGCCUAG